UUGUGGUUAAGGCAGGGAAAUCUGAAAUAAACUGAGUCUUGCCAGUUGUAUAACAGUGAAACCUUCAAAAGGGACCCUGGCUGUAAACUUGGGUGUUUCUACUCAUGGAUUACACAAUAUAUGAUGUGGAAAGGAUUUCUUAAAGGGUUUCAAAAAAACUAAAUUCAAGUCCCCAAAAUCAGCAAAACAUCAAACAUUUUAAUAAAUCUGAAAAAAAAAACUACAGUUUUUGAUUAUCACUAUUAUAACACUUCUGGUGAAAAGUGCUGAAUGAUUCAGUGGUGUAUUGUUAUUAUGUGUUGAAAGGCUGUUUUCCUUGGUUAUUGUUGGGUGAGAUACUAUACCCUAUGGUUUUGGAGAGAAGGUAAACAAGUAUUUAUUUUAGACUACCUGUCAGAACAACAAGUAGCCAACAGAAAAAAAUAACACAUUCAACUGAUAAACAACAGCUGUGAGUUUAAAGAGAGACUAAUAAUAAUAAUAAUAAUAAUAAUAAUAAUAACUCAUUAAAAAAAAACUGUUCUUGGCAUAGAUUAUAAAUCCUCACUUCCUCGUAAUGACCUCCCUGCAGUCAAUCAGCCUCAAAUACAGUCCCACACCCGAAACAGAAACACUUCUUUAAAACAGAACUCUCCUCCAACCCUACAAACACCUCCCUCUUUAAAUCAGAACGCCUCCUAAAUUCAUAGAAAAAAAAAAUCCCUGUGUAUCUUUAAAGACAACCAGCUAAGAGUCAGUCAUCUCUGGUUGUCAUUAGAGUACAAUCUCAAUGACCAGAGUGCAGCAGUUGUGGCCAUGGCCAGGUUUGAGGAAGUUUUAGAAGGGGUGCGACUGGCUCUGGCAUGGGCUUCUCCUGCUGAGGUACAAGCUCUGAUAGAUGGAUUGGUCAGGGAGCAGAUCAUCUCAGAGGCCUACGCCAAAGACUUAUGUCUUCACCAGCUUCCAGCAAAGAUCGCAUCUCAGAGAAUUCACAGCAAACAAGCCUCAAGAUCAGGACCUGAUUGGAGUUAUUUCCAAGGAUAUACCACCUGUGGGGACCCCAACCAAGGUCAGCCCACCCUGUUUAGGGAAUAUUUCUCAUCAAGGCAUGUAGGAUCUGCCAAAAAUGACCAAAACCAAACAAGAUCAGAGUCAUUAAUGCGUGGACUUAACUGCACAAGCUCAGGGCUAAGCCACCACCCCCUGUAUGGCGAACUCCAUCUGGACCACAAACUCUUUUCUGCACCAAGAGUUCAAGACAACCAAUUCAGCUUGGAUGAUGAAUUGGUACAACUGCUGAGAAGUGCACAAUCAGAGCAGGAGCCAGCAUGUGGCAGUGAGAGAGCGUUGGAGGUGAAUUUUGACAAUGAGAAGGUGUGGUUAGAGCAGGUAGAGCAGGCAGCCCGCAGGAUAGCUGUGCCCCUGUGGCAGCACUGGGACCGAGGACAGAGGAUGAUGCAGCCCUUGGUCCCUCAUACCAUUACUAACUUUGCAACAAGUGGAAACAAAGAGACAAGCAAUGAGGCACAGCAUACUUUCUUGAGUAUGAAGGAGGAAACAGAGCUUGCCAUGGCAUGUAGGACAUUGGAUUUGUAUGAUGAUGACUCUUUUACCACAGAAGCAGAGAAAACAGACUUGGCAGACAGCCUCUUUACCCCUAUGCAUGAAAGCAUUUGGACAAUUGGAUCUCACAUGAAUCAGUUGGAAGUCUCCAGAGUAUUUAGACAUGCCUCACCUCUGAAAGCAAAUGCAAACACCAAAAGCAUAACAGACAGGCCAAAGGACUACUACAAUGUCUGCAUGGUGGUAAACAGGACAACAAAUGCCUCUGAGGACCCUUCUUUCUCACCAGUUGAGGAGCAAUGUGGUGUUGAGCGUCUCUUUUCUCUCUGUACAUCUGAGGACACAAAUAUCGAUACACCAGAAAGCUCAUUUUACCCAAACAGAGAUCUUGGCACAGAAUUAGGUGUCAUUGAUAAUGUAAAAAUUAUAAGUGGGACUCCUUACAGUACCAGAAUGUGCAGCACUGAUGGUAAACUAGACUGCAAUGAGACCAAAGGGGACAAAGAUUUGUCGGAAUCCCACUGGGGUGAGUCACACUCAUUAUAUUAUGAUUGCUUUUUACUUCUGUCCUUCAGUCGUCUAUUGUUUUCUCUCUUCUCUAACAUGAUCUGGGUUUUCCAAAGGCUUGAUUACUAUAUAGUCGAGGCAGGCACCUCACCCAAACCCUAGGGUGCUUUCAAUUUCAGCUUUUACUUUGUCUUUUUUAAAAAUUUCAACUCUGCUGAAUCUCAUUAAAAUAUCUUUGGACAGAAUUUGGAGAGUAGGGUGUAACUUAGUUUCAGUUUCAUUUUGGGUCAAUCCAUGGCAACAAGAUAUAAAUAAUAAAUCAUGUCAGCACAGGAAGCUGGGAGGUAGGGUGCAACACAGACAAAGAAGUCCAUUAAAGACCUGUUAUGUAAAAAGUUAGUUAAGAAUCAGCAUGGCAUCAGCUUUAAGGGGCGUUCAGACCAAAGCGAGGCGACCAGGUCGCCUCGCUUUGGUCGGUCACGUCGCGUCGCGGGGUGCUCUGGUGUGUUCACACCGGGUCCAAAGCUGCAGUCGCAGGUCGCGGCUGGUCGCCGGUGACGUCAUCCAUGUCACUAGCUCAGUUUUCAGUUCAUCAGUGCUGCCGCAUAUCUGUACAUCCGCAGUAGACGCCGCAGGCGUUUAUGGGUGCAUGAAACCAUCCGGAGGGUGCAUGAAACCAUCCGGAGGAGGACUGGGUGAAUUUCACCGCUUGCUCCAGGAACUCCGCCUGGACGACGGCCGCUUCCAGCGGUAUUUCCGUGUGUCGACGGCGCAGUUCAAGGACCUCCUCGCCCGGGUGGGAAGCAGCAUCUCCCGCCUGGACACGAAAUACAGGCGCUCCAUCUCAGCUUCGGAGCGCCUGUCUAUCUGUCUGUCCCUCAUAUAAACGUCUCUAAGCCCCUUCCACCGCUUGCGGCACACAUCCACUGCAAAGACACACACACAUACGUUGAAACAUGUAGCCUAGCAAGCAGGGGCAGUUAGCUAUGUUUUCAUAAAACAGUCCGCUCACUGAAAUAAAUAAACAAACAAGCUUGCCAGAAAGCCCGACAUCACGGGCCACCUUCCCCCAUGCUUCUUCUUUGGCGUUGCGGUCCUGGUACAGCCUGCAACCCACGUCGUAUAGCACCGGGUGGUAGCUAACGGAUGUGAUUAACUGCUCCUCAAUUGUGAUUCUUCUUCUCCUCUUCCUUGUUUCGCCGGUUUGUUGUCGUCAGCAGAGCCCUGAUUGGCUGUCGCGGCACGGAGUCGCUCCCAAAGUUCAAAUAUUUGAACUUUGGGAGCGACGCGACUUGGCAUCCUGCGACCUCGGCGACGCGACCUCGGGGACGCGCCUUGGCGACCGGUCGCUAGGUCGCGUCAGGUCGCAUCGCAGGCAGCCGGCGGUCGCCAAGUCGCGUCAGGUCGCGGCUGGCCAUAGACUUUGCAUUGGGAGCCAUCGCCAAGUCGCGUCAGGUCGCGGCUGGUCUGAACGCACCAAACGCGACCUGACGCGACUUGGCGACGGCUCCCAAUGCAAAGGUCUUUAAGGGGGCGUUCAGACCUAACGCGAUGCGACCUGGUCGCCUCGCUUUGGUCGAUCACGUCGCGUCGCGGGGUGCUCUGGUGUGUUCACACCGGGUCCAAAGCUGCAGUCGCAGGUCGCGGCUGGUCGCCGGUGACGUCAUCCAUGUCUCUAGCUCAAUUUUCAGUUCAUCAGUGCUGCCGCAUAUCUGUACAUCCGCAGUAGACGCCGCAGGCGUUUAUGGGUGCAUGAAACCAUCCGGAGGAGGACGGAGCUGGGUGAAUUUCACCGCUUGCUCCAGGAACUCCGCCUGGAUGACGGCCGCUUCCAGCGGUAUUUCCAUGUGUCGACGGCGCAGUUCGAGGACCUCCUCGCCCGGGUGGGAAGCAGCAUCUCCCGCCUGGACACGAAAUACAGGCGCUCCAUCUCAGCUUCGGAACGCCUGUCUAUCUGUCUGUCCCUCAUAUAAACGUCCCGCAGCCCCUUCCACCGCUUGCGGCACACAUCCACUGCAAAGACACACACACAUACGUUGAAACAUGUAGCCUAGCAAGCAGGGGCAGUUAGCUAUGUUUUCAUAAUACGGUCCGCUCACUGAAAUAAAUACACUACCGUUCAAAAGUUUGGGGUCACCCAAACAAUUCUGUGUUUUCCAUGAAAAGUCACACUUAUUCACCACCAUAUGUUGUGAAAUGAAUAGAAAAUAGAGUCAAGACAUUGACAAGGUUAGAAAUAAUGAUUUGGAUUUGAAAUAAGAUUUUUUUUUUACAUCAAACUUUGCUUUCGUCAAAGAAUCCUCCAUUUGCAGCAAUUACAGCAUUGCAGACCUUUGGCAUUCUAGCUGUUAAUUUGUUGAGGCAAUCUGGAGAAAUUGCACCCCACGCUUCCAGAAGCAGCUCCCACAAGUUGGAUUGGUUGGAUGGGCGUCCUGCGACCUCGGUGACCGGUCGCGUCAGGUCGCGUUGCAGGCAGCCGGCGGUCGCCAAGUCGCGUCAGGUCGCGGCUGGCCAUAGACUUUGCAUUGGGAGCCGUCGCCAAGUCGCGUCAGGUUGCAGCUGGUCUGAACGCCCCUUAAGACCAAAGCCAGCUUCGUAGUAUAGGCCUCUGCUCUUUUGGACAGUGUCUUGGGAUAACGACUGUUGUGAUUUGGCUCUGUAUGAAUAAAACUUGAUUGGUUGUCUCAGGCUGACCAAGAUUUGCAACAAUGGUCUGAACGCCCCUUUAGGGAGAUAACUUCUGGAUAACUUCUGGGUUUUCCGUAUUAGGAAAGUGGAUCUCUUUUUAUCCGGGUCCGUUGCCCCGGUAACUUACACGGAACACCAAACCUGCUCCGGAGCAGGUUAUGUUUCAGCAUAAGAUCUCAGCAGGUAUAAAAGACCGCCUACUGACCAAUCAGAUCUCUUGGAAAAUGGCUUGCCCACUUUUGGAUCCCAGGGACAUCGUUGCAUGGAUAGAGAGAGGAGCGCUUCGCCGAGAGCAUUAUAUUCAUGACCAUUCAAAUCCGUUUGAUUUACCUGAUGACGUUCUCUAUGAACGUUACAGGUUUUCCUUGGUCGGCCUCAAUAUUCAGGUAGCAUGAAGUCGAAGCAAUGCACUCAUAUUUGCCAAGUUCCAAUUUCAUGCGGCAUAUUAGUCAUCAAUCAGAAUUUAUUGAAGCAGAUUAGAAAACUCUUAACCCCAAAUGUGUCUGCAGAUGAUGUUACCAUCAGAUGAUGGAGAAAAAAAAAGAAAGAAAGGCAGUGUGAGGAAAUCACUGUUAACACGUUGAAAUAUGUACAAAUAAAAUCUUCAAAUAAACUUACAAACUACUUUAAAGGAUGUUUUUAGAUGUAUUCUUAUUUGCUCCCACGUACUCUUUUCCCCACUGCUGUUGUAUCUGAAAUAAUGAGGUCAAUGAUGGAGGUGAUCACACACGCUGCAUGACAACAUAUUAGGGGGCCAUAAAUUUAUGAACGCACAAAUGUAAUUAACACAACCAGUGUUUUUUUUUGCCAGCAGUCCCUCCGGCUUUUUGUGACUGUGGCUGUCCUGCUCCUCACUGUUAUAAUGUUGCGGUACUCCUCGUAUUUGCGUAAAAUAAUGCUCUGUUCUUCGGCUGUGAAAAAUGACGUGCAGCCUUCUUCAUUGUGGAGAUUGGUCCAGUGGCACUCACCUCACCCCCUUUACGUGUGCAUGCACAGAUCUGAAGUGGCCACACCUGGAUUCAGUUAUCGAGUUGAUAACCGGCUUCAUAGUACAGCUGAUCGGGAUCGCGGAGAUCCGGUGAAGUUGAGCGAGUUGUCGCAGAGUUACCCUGGAUGUGUUAAUCCAGAUUCGUACUACAGGCCUCAGGUCUAGACCGAACUCAUUGUUUGAUGUACUACAAAGACCCAACCUUGAGGUGGAACAGGUAUGACCCAUCCUAUCCAACAUGAGUGAAUAUGUUUGUUCUUUAUAAAAAGUUCUGCAAUGGGAGAAUAAAAGACCAGGGCUGUUUCAAAAACCCACGUAUCCUCACUCCCUACUUUUAUGAAGGACUCUAAAGACCAAUUUUUUGAAAGAAAGUAUAUUUGAAAUGAGGACCUUUUCUGUUUUCUGUCUGCUGAUUGUAUGCAUGUAAACCAAGUUCAAGGUCACUUAGAACUAAAAUUUUGCAUAUCCUCAUUGAGCACAUAUCAAUUGUUUAAACGUGUUGCAUAUGCACCAAAUUUAUGUUCAUUUCAUCUUUUGGGCACCUUUUUUUCUUUCAACAACUCACUUAACCACAAUUUUGGAAAAGACAAUCCCCAUGAACCUCAUCUGACACUUAGCCUGCAGUAAGGGUUUUGAGGAUAAAACAUGACCUCAUGGAAAUGCUUCUUUUUAUCACUGGUGGUCUUGUUUGCCUGUAUAAAUCUUUAUUUAACACAUGUGAGUUUCAUAUUUGUGGCGUGUGGUGUAUCUUGUGGACCCAGAAGCAGACACAGAGGCAGAUAGCAAAUUAAAGAUGUAUUUAAUGUCCAACUCAGGGAAAAAAGGCAUGAGAGAAAGUGUAGUUUGCUGGCUGGCUGUUGUGUGGGCUGGAGACACUGUGGAGAAAUAGAGGAGAAGGAGGUGAGAAGACAUACAAGGGAUCACAGGGAGCAAAAAAGCCACGAAGAAGAGGCAUCUCACCACAAUAUUAAAUUCAUACGUGUGAAUUUAUCUUUUGUACACGUGUUGCAAUGCUUGUUUUGACUCCUGUUGCAAACUGAACUGCCCCCUGGUGAAAACUGAAAUUUCAUAUUCACUCCAGUCCAAUCUAUUGCAGUCCACAAAAAUUAAUUGGAGCAUUGGCAUUAUUUCUGGUCUAAUUUAACACCACUUGAAAUUCCUCAUGGGAGCUUUAAUUUGAUGAGUUUCAGCUCUAACAGCCUUUGUUGUAGAGAGUUAAGUGCUGUUCUCUGGAGUUUUGACAGACCAAAGGCUGGGUAAUAAACUAGGUAUAUAAUAAUAAUAAUAAUAAUAAUACCUCAUACCAGACAACCCUGCAAAAUGGCAAAUUCCACCUCUGGGCUUAAUUUUUGGUUAAUAUUUCCUGUGCUAAACACUGACCUGCUAUGUUGGACUUUGCCAUGGUUUACCUAUUAAAGGUGGGAACAACUUAAUGUUUCAACACAGGGCAUUCAUGUGUCUGAAAAUCAGAUGUGGCAGUGAUUUUUUAAAACUUUAAGCUAGCUAAUGAUUGAUCUUUUAGCAUGAAGAUAUAAGUUGAAGUAUUCCAAACUAAGUUUUGUUAAUAAGCCGCAGCUCAAAGAUACCGGCACCAAGCAGUGUGUUCAUACGCAGACACUCCUCUGUUUUUACACAGAAACUACUUUUGUAUUUGGUGUUAUAUAAUCAGUGGACCAGCAGGUAUUAACUAAUGCGUGUGUGUGUUGUACAGGUGGGGCAGGUACUUUCCACCACAACCAAAAGUCCCUCUAUUUCCUUGUACAGAGCAGGUUUGUGUCGUGGAUUUUUAACAGAUAAAAGCUGCCACAGAGCUUACACAUGCACUGAACUUGUGGGAGCCAUGAUAGAUUUGAAGCAAAGUUAACAAAUAUUCAACAUGAAGCACUUUGAACCUGAAACAAGUAAAGGACAUCUGAAAGUACUGUGCUGGUAAAGUAUGCUCAAAAAGUGAUAGGUGAACGUGUCUGUCCACUCAUACUCUGUGAAGAGAAACUUCAGACAUGAGCUUAAAUCAGUCACACCAGAGGAAGCAGAACUCCUUGACACAAUUAUGGAAAACUUCUUUCAAUGAUAGCUCUAAUAAAAUAAGGAUUAUAUGCAGAAUUAUAUGAUAGCUCAAAUCAUUUAUGAACAAGGCACUGACAUUUCCUCCAUCAGCGAGGAGAAUGAAAAAAGAAUGAAAUUGAAUUAGUAACUGUUCUAAAUCGCACAAAAUAGGCUUUACUGUUUUAUCCACUGCUGUGUGUGAAUGUGUUUUGUAAGAAGCAUCUGAGUUACAUCUCUGCUAUCAUGUGGUGGUAACACCAAUGCUGCAAAUAUAGAAGUUCUGUCUGGACACUUGCUCCAAAAAAGUAUCCUGCUUCUUAGCGGUUACAAGAAACACUAAAACACCAGAAUGAAUAUAUUCAGUCGAAGGGCUGAGUCAAUUCAGAGGCUAACAGAAUAGUUAGCUGGCAGCUAGCAAACGGUAGAACUAACAAGUAACUUUGGCGUCUCAGUUACUUUUCUGAGUGCAUUAUAGCAGAUUUUUGCAUAGCCUUUGUCCUCUCCUCUACAGUUCUAGCACUAUAGCCUAAGUGGCAUCCCCACAUCCUGGCAGGAGCCAUUGUUGAUCAAGACUUUGUGGAGAUGCACAUGCAGAAAACUGAUAAACACUCAACCCCUCACUCAAGACUAAAAUAAGUUACUAAAACUUUGUACAUUAAAUAAUUAUGUAUAAAUAUAUAUAACUAACUAGAUACAUUAUACAUCUGUAUCAACAACGAAUCCCGGGUCCUCCUCUUCAACUUCUGAGCUUAGUUGAUGUCCAGUUCUAGGUCUUAGUCAAUGGAGUUCAAGCCAAGUCAUUCGCCCGGAAAAGGGGCUCAAGUGAGACUUUAAGCUCCUGUGUAGUGAUUCCUGGCAUUAAUCAAAUAGACUGAAAGUCAUAUGAAUGCCUUACUGUGGGUUGACUUUUUAUAACCUAAAUUUUAAUGCUCAAAGUAAUGAGAGGGGGUUGGUAUAAAAGGAGGAACUUAAGGAAGAGCCUGUCCAAAAUUAAUAUUCACAAAACAUGAUAUGCUUGAUUGUCAAAAGCCAUCAAGAGAAGAUUUUUUUCUGAUAAAACACUGCCUAAAUAUAUGGAGCUCAAGAUAAGUAUGAAGUGCUUUGUCCACAGGGUUGCUAACCAUCUUAUAAAACGUUGUUAUAGAAAUACAUUCAUCAUCAUUAUCAUUGCUGGAGAUAUAUAAGGGAUUGAAGGCCUGAAAAAAACACUGUUUGGCUAAAUAUUUGCAUGACUAUCUUAUAAACUACAGGUGAAUUAUUAGGACUCAGAGCUGUGAGGAGAAGAACUAUUAGAAACAGAACUUUUAUCUUUUUGAGAGUAUGCCAGCAGUUUAUCUCGGUUAUCUGUCGUGAUACUACCUACCCGUAAAUUUGAGAAUGAGGUGAUGAUGAAGCACAUUUUGAAGAUUAAAACAUUUACAGAUUUAACUGAGGAAGAUAACAGUCAUGUUACCCCUGUACUGUCCCACGAGGAUGGUGCUGAAUUUGUCAAACUUUUCAUUCGUGUGUAAGACCCAAACUUAAACUAUAUUGUGGUUGAGAAAUAAACUGCUGCCGUUGCCCUCAUCACUAAUGACACCCUUGUGCCCCUCAGCUUGGCGUCACUUCAACAUAAAAGUGAAAGUAAAAGUUGGGUUUAUGUAAGACGCAGGUCUGCGCACCAACUGAAGUCGGAGUGCUGAUAAAUUCAGGUCCUGUACAACGGCUGAUGCUCUGACGGACUGUUUACCACACACGGAUAUAAGGACAACGUGGGUUUCUUUAUAUUUACAGCAUCAACCAGAGCGGCAGGCCUUGCAGGUAAAAGUGAUCCACAUUUUAGUGGGAUGAUGAGUCGUGCGUCUGCCUACCCAAAUGCGCAAGCACAGAUAGGAAAUAGGUUAUGUCGGGGUCUUAUCCUGUUGUUUACAUUUAUUUUAUGGAUUUGAGCUGGUUUGGCAUAAUUUAAUCUUGAUUAUAGUAUUUGAUUAGUUUUUUUGUUUGUUUGUUUGUUUGAUUUUUUUUUCAGUUCAAUUAAUCUAACUCUAAAACGGCAUUUAAUGGGCUAAUUGGUUUGUGGAAUAGAACUCCUCAUAUUGACUGCAAAUGAAAAUUUGUAGGAGAAGUUGUUUGGCGUCUCUUUUCGUUAUUAUUUUCAAUGAAUUUGCGCUUUAAACGUCGGCGCACUCGGCGGUUCUCCAUUACCCCUUACUAGCGCGCAUGAGGUGGCUUACUAGGGUCUUCCCAUCAACAUCUGCUCGUCACUGUGGGGAGGUCUAACACCGAUGCAGCCUAGCUAGGAGUCUGGUGCAAAUGAGGAAUUUCAGGGGAAUUCCAGCGAAAGAAACGAAAGUGUGUGCAGAAUAGGACUGUAUAGAAGGGAGCUAGACCUUAAUGAGCCCUUCCUUUCCAUUCAAAAGACUGACUUGUUAUUUAUUUUUUUAGAAGUCAACCAAGAAACUCGUUUUUAUCAUUGAAGCAAUCACCGGUAGUAGUUAUAAGAUACACUAUGGAUCAGAAUGAUUCAGUCUUACUCAUCCUACCAAAUAUGCUCUAUUGGUGUGAAUUAUUCUGAAAUACUGAUUAUAAUUUUAUUUGGCUUCUGUUUUCAUCGUAAACAUUCCAUAAGGAGGUGCCAUAUCCCUAUAUUUUGACAGUGCCAUCACUGAAUUAAAUUUUUCCCUCACCUAAAAAAAACUUUGUGGCACGAAGCAAACCAUGCAGGCUACAGAUAACUUCCACACAAAAUAACUUUACUGUAAAUAUUUCCAUUAUCCAUACAAUAACUUUUUAACAAUUCAGGAAAAAAACAUCUCUUCUUUGUUCUGUCAGAGCUCAGUGGAGUGACAUUUAGAUGAAGAGCUGUGAGAUAAAUGUGAGUAAACCUUAAUAGAGGCUGUUAUUUUAAGCCCUACACCUGACUAACCCAGGCAACCACCAGACUGUAACCUCCAAACUUCCUGAAACAUGUAGUUGCCUCAUGCCUCACUUUAACUUGAGCUUAUGUAUUAGCAGGAAAAAAAAUCUGCUACUGCCCCAAAAGACAUAGAUACUUCUAUUCAGUAGGACUAGUUUUGUUUUCAUUAAAUACUUUGCCAAGAAGGCACAAGGCCAGGAGAAACAUAUCUGAUAUGGCAGUGUUCACUGACCAGUGCAGGCACCUUCAUUCAGGUCCCUUGACCAGCAAGCAUUAAGAACAUAGAAAUAGGACAAGAUCAACCUUUAUGCAUACCACAGUGCUAACAGUAGCAAAGGAUCAGCAGAGCAAACACAGAAGAAUAGAUGCUCUCUCAUGGUGCACACAGCAGAUAAGCUGAUUUUAAAAGGGCUAUGCAAAAGGGCUGUACAGAAAAAGAGGAAAACAAAAGUCGUAAGAAAAACUGUUUCUAUACAUAUCAUACACACAUAGCCAAUGUGUAUUGCACAUGACGAUAAUAUUAAGUUAUUGUCUGUUAGUUGUGCUAAAAACCUGAGCUCCUGGAAGCAGGCCAGAUUAAACAGUCUGACUGCAGCAGGAAGGAAGGCCUUGCAGUAUUUCUGUCACACACUGCAGGUGAAGAAGCCUGUCACGAAAAGAGCUGCCCAGUGCUUGGUUCUCUCAGGUCCUCUUUGCAGGAGGUAGAUGACAGCAUCAUCCACCCCUGCUCAAAAGACUUAGAUCACCAGACGAUUAAGUGUUUUAUUACACCUACCAAACAUAGGUAGUCAUCAUGACUGGCAUUUAUGUGGUGUUGGUAGCAGCUUGGUAGUCUCUUUCAUUUAGCUUGACCUCUUUGGUGAGGAUAGAAAAAUGGCUUUGGUCCACCCUGUCCAAAUAACUAUUCUAACCAUGGAACUGUUCAAACUAGCACUCAAAUCAGAGUGACGUGCCGGAUAUUAUCAUUAGCACAAGUAAUGUAACAAGGGUUUAAGUUGUAAUGUGAUCAUAGAAAGGAAAUAAUGGUCAGUACCUCAUGUGUAUUACAUCUGGAAUAGCCAAUCAGCAAAUUUGGCAGACAGGAAGAAAUAGAUUUGACAACCCCCUUUGCAGUGCUGUGUGUUUAGGAAGUGGUUUUGACUUGCAUCAGUCUAAUAUACAACAAUAGAGCCACAUCUCUUGAUGAACUCAGUAUAUGUUUCAAUUUUAUCUGAGAACACUUGACAGCAAGUAGAAGUAGUUUGACUUAAGUUAGCAUAAUUGGGUCACACAUACAAACCAAACCACUCAGUGAUUGUGAUGGCCAUGCUAACACGUGUGCUUGGAUUAGUUUACUCUAUAUUUGUCUCAGUACAUAGCUGAGGCAGCUGAAAGGUUUUAGACAGAUAGGUAGAUGUUAUCUUAGUUGCUUUUCUGUCAUUUGACUCAAUGCGAUAAACGAAAACAAACAAGGAACAAACCUUGAGCAUUGCACAUUUCCCCUCCAUGGGAUGGAUAAAGGUCAUUUUCGUCACCUGUUUAAAUGUGUCAAGCAGAGACACAUUUGGUGUGAAACUUACUUUUAGACCUUCCAGGCUGUCUGUCCUGUACAUAAUCAUGGGAAAAUUUGAUAUGUGAAACACAGUGGCAAUGGGAACGACACUAAUUUAACAAUAAUUUGGAUUUUCUUGUAUUAUUGGGCGGCAGUAGCUCAGGAGGUAGAGCGGUCGUCCAAUGACUGGAAGGUUGGCGGUUCGAUUCCCCCCUAUCCCUAGUCUGUCUGUUGUGUCCUUGGGUAACCCACCUUGCUCCCAGUGUGUGUCCUCCACUGGUGUAUGAUUGUGAGUGUUGUGUGGUGGUGGUCGGAGAGGCCAUAGGCGCAAAAUGGCAGCCACGUUUCCGUCAGUCUGCCCCAGGGCAGCUGUGACUACUAAGGUGGUUUACCACCACCAAAGUGUGACUGUGUGAGUGAAUGAAUGAUGUAUUCAAUGUAAAGUGCUUUGAGGGUCUCUGAUAAAGCGCUAUAUGAAAUCUGAUGCAUUAAUUAUGAGGUGUGAAUUGCACCUGUUUAGAUUCUAAUGGGGUGGGGGGGCAUAUCGAAUUUCUCACAGGAGCGAGAUCAUCAUUUCACUACUGGUCUGUCAGUAAAAAUCUUAUAACAUAGUAGUGGGAGUGGAAAGCUGAAAAAGGAGACUGCUACCAUGUUCCUGAUGUGUUUCAGGUAGGGAGGAGUCUGAAAGUUAAGAUUUUAAAAUCAGCAACCUGACUGAGGGACAGCCACUGAAUGUUACCUAACAUGUUAGCUUUAGCCACCACCUCACAAGCUAAUAUUGGUGUUUUAAAAAGCUCUGAUGAAAAAUAGAAACAUUUCACAAGCAAAUAGAUUAUGAUAGAUGACUGUUUUAAAACUGCUGCUGGCGUCUAUGCUGGUGUCUAUUUUGACACUAAGUUUGAUAGCUGAAAUAGGGUCCAAAACCAAAAAAAAAAAAAAAUUCUAUUAUGAAUUUCAAGUCCAUAAAAGACAGUCCUAACUCCCACAGCACAAAGUCUCACAAGUCUCGUAUUAUGUAAGCUCCUAAGAUCAAGUCACCUUUUUUUAUCCUCUGUAUCACACGCAAGAAUUUACUGCUGUUGGCCACAUGUUUUGAAGCUGUACUUCUGACUGAUUAAGUUGGUCUGUAUCCAAGUACAAGAUUUCAAAUCUCCUCCUUUUUUGGCAGCCUCAUGUGUCAGUGCUGAGUUUGCAAACCAAAUUUAGCCACCAGAAACAAAGUGCUUCUUUGUGCCUUUGUUUCACUUUGUGACACAACUUAUUUAUUUUUUACCACACGUGUAUUUGUAUGUAUGUCCUUUAUAAAUAUGGAGGUCUAUUAGUAAAUACAGUCACAUUACUAGGCAGACAAAUCCAACACCGAGAGGGGAGACCACACAACUGACAACACCACACAAUAGAGAUGUGCUAAAGGUAAAAAAAAUAUGUCACGUCCGCCACAUCAGAUAUAGUCUACAAGUGCAAAGUAAAUAAAGCUGGAGCACAGAAAGUAAAGCAGUGAGCAGUCUGUAAGUUUGAGUGAGCAAGUGACUGGAUUAGUUUGUUGUCCAGCUUUUUCCAUUCUUAAAACAGUGUUAGUCUUUCAGCAUUUUUGCUGCUGUAGGAGAUACUCAAAUGUUUAUGCAGCAAGUCUUGCAAAGCAACAAAUGCAGCUCUACUAUCUAUGAGAGGAGUAGAAAAACAGCAUCAACACCACCUGUGACAGCUGAAGAAUGAGGAAAUUUAGAAACUCAGUGUGGGAACAUGUUGAACUUGAUAGCAGGAAACUCUAGAACUCUUUCAGUGCAGCAUGUCGCUUUGGAUUCCUCAAUAUCUUGCUGAUAUUUUGAGCUUUUUUCUUUUGAGCUGAUUUCUUCACUCAUUGUUUGUGUGUAAUCAGGUGCCAUGAUGCAGGAGGUGGACCAGUUGGAGCAGGAGUUGUUGCACUGUCAUCCUGACUUUGAAAUGCUACCAGGUUGGUGAUAAAUGACUAUAUGCAUGUUAAAAUGACAGGAGCUCUGCUUUGUUCUAUACUUUCUUCAAAACACAACUCAUACCAAAAAAAUGACAUUGCCUUUUAAAGUGAGUUGUAGUUGAGGAUUUCAUUGGCUUGUGUGUUAAAGAAGAAAAGUAAAAGAUUUUGGGAAAUUGUUCUCAAGAAAAAGUUGACUCAUCGCUAACUGCAAAACACCCCCACCCCCCAGGGACGGAGAAUUUCUAGUUUACUGUAACAAUGCAGCAUAACAGUUCAAACUGAAUCAGGGUUCAGGGUGGAUAGACCAGACAUCCUGUUCAACUGUAACUUUUCCAAAUGUUGACAAAUUUAGCCUGGCUGAUAAAAUACUGUACUACCAUGCACUGCUAUUUCAUAAUCCAAAACUGCCUUAAAGCUCCUUUAAGGUCAUUUUACUGGCUUUGUAACAGAUUAAAAUGAGCAGUUUUUGACCUACAGAAAGAAAAUAAAAUCCUUGAUGACAAUAUUGCACAUUUUUAGUAGUAAAAAACUGUGAAGCCUGUGACCACUCUGAGGUGGUUGGUCAGAGAUGCUGCCUUGACUGUAUCAGAAAGUUCUAAACAGUCCAAAAAGAGGAAUAUUUACACAAUUAAAAGAAAAUGUAAUGGAAGGAAAAAAAAGGGUUGCUCUGACUGUGCUUAUUGUCUUUGUUUCAGAGGAUCUAUCUGAGUACUUAAGUGAUGAUUGCCUGAAGACGAUAGGUAAGACUUAGACUUUAAGUUUAUUGUCCUCAUGGGGAAACUCAUUCCACAGCACUGUCUCCCCUUGACAAAAUCAACCACAGUACAACACAGAACAGAAUACACAGUGCAGCAUAUAAGAGAUGCACAUUUUUAAAAGAAGAUACACCUAAUCUCAACACAUAUUAAACUCAACCUCUGACCAAAUAAUUACUAUUUACUGAGUCACAUGGGUUUAAUGCUGAAUAACACAAAUAUAAAACAUGGUUAUUCAAUCAUGAAUACAAAGGGCUCUAUUUUCGUGCGCGGCGGAUGGUGGCGCACCCCGCGCAGUGGUAUUUUCGUCUGGCGGAGCCUGGUGCACAGCCAGUUUAGUAUUUUCAUAGACUGAGGCACACCAAGGUCUGCCAAGCUGGGCGUGGUGGCGCUGCAGGGGGAGGUAUCGACAGAAUCAGCUGGCGUAGUGACAUUUUGGUGCUCGCUGACGGCGUGAAAAGUGCGCCGAAAGCUCACCGAUUCAAACCCUGGUCAACUUUCAGCGCAGGCGGAGUGCAGCUGGUCAAGUGUUUUUUUGGUAGACCAGCGGUGUAGUGCACAUACGUUGCUGAUGCCUCACCAGCAGGUUUCCACAGUGUCAGGCACAUUUCAGUGCAAUAAAUAAUCAACAACAACUAAUAUUCUGAGUCAGCAAAUACAUUUAGAUCUAAAGAUAUAUUUUGAUCAGUAUCUAAUCUGAUGAGCGCAUUUGGCACACAUUUGGACACACAACCUGAACGGAUCAACACAGCUGAAACAACAUUAAAUUAAAUAUCCAGUAAACAGUCACACACGAUGAAGUUAACAAGAUAUUUAAUUUGUCCCCCUUUCGCUCUUCCUCCUUUUCCCCGCGCAGCUCGACUCAGACAUGUCGUUGUGUCCUCUCCCCAUCCUGAUGCUGGCGGCAAGGCUGAACAGAUGAUUUAUUUUAGUGAUCAGAUGAAUUAUUUACUUCGAAAAUUUGAACAAAAAAGUAAAAGAAACUUUCAUUCAAAACUACCUGUUUAUCUAAUGUCCUCACAUCCUUUAAAUUCUAAGAAUAUUCAAUCUGGAGUUAGGCUUACAUACGAAUAUCAUAAUAUUCAGUUUUGUGAGCCAAAUUUAUUUUAUAUGCAAACAUCUAUGAAAGAAAGAGCCAGGCCACACAUCAUGAGACCUUUACGCACAGGUGGUUCCGAUUUUAAUGCCAUUAUUGGAAUUUAUGUUGUGAUCUGUGCGCACAACCUACCUUUGUCACGUGAGGUUUAAAUAUAUGCAACUUGAUGUGAGUGUCUUUAUUUGUGAAAACGUGUGUUUGUCUUACCAAUGGGUACAGCCUUACACAAACCAAGUCCCUCUGUGCUUAUUUGAGAAAGUGUGGAGGAUGCCCUCUGCAGCGCUUACAGUGACACUUGUUGAGGGGCUGCCUUCUGUCGCCAUCGUGUGGCAUUACUGUCUUCAGACAUCUCUCGAUCUCUUUGACUACUUCAUGAAAAUUGUAAUACUCCUCACUGGUGGCAAUUUAAAGGUGAGGAGAGGAGCUGAUAUGAUUGGCGAAACAGGUCUCAGGUGUGUUAACCCUUAGAUGCAUGGCCGACCAAUACCUACACUUUUCCAUGAGUGGGGUCAAAAAUGACCCCAAUUAGAAUGAAUGCGUUUUAAGCUGUAAAUUGUCAAAAAAAUAUGUCUUUCAUUUUAGAUAAAGAUGAUGAUUUUUAUUAUAUUUUGGUCAACAAAAUAAUUAUUUCAUGUCUGACUUGUUCAUUUAUCACUUAUUAACAUUUUAGGACAAAAUGGCUUUGAGAAACGUGAAAAAGGUCAACCUACAAAUAUGAUUUCAACACCAGAAUGAUUAUAUAUUUUACAUGUUAGUUUCUUUUUAUCUUUCAUUUGAACACAAACUUGCUAUCAAUACAGCUGUCAAAACUUUAGCUUUCAGUGUUUUUCUGCCCCCUUGUCACACAUCCAAACAACAUACAAAAACACACACUGUCUUCUAUCCUCGCUGUUACAGGCUGCUGUUACAAAGUAGCCUACCCUCUUCUGGCUGUAAGGUCACUGCAUUUCCAACACCUAUUGCUGGCUGUAUGGUCUUGGUUUCUUGGGCACAUCUUACACCUCUUCCUCUUUUGUUGGCCCUGUCUGUUUACGCUCUGUUGCUGGAUUGCAGCUUUAGUCAUCCCAUACCUUUCCUUUGCUGUAGUGAUGUAGGUUAGUAGGCAUGGGUAGGGUAACCUUCCAGUUGACUUUUAAAUAUAAGGCAUCACAAGCUCAUGUGAGAGCUCUAUAAGACAGCGCCAUCGGACAUUAGUGACAACUGCAUAGAAUUCAGGGUGCUGAGCUUUAAAAAGGAGUAGGCAUUCAGGGUGGCAAUAUUAAUCACGUUGUACCACAGCAGCAUGGGCCACAUCUGCAUUUGGCAUUUACAGGUGUAGGUGCCAACCAUCUGGUCUACAAUAUUUAUUCUAGACCCCCAUUCAUGUGGUUGUAGAAGUGGAUCACUUCUGUUUUAUUCAAAGUAGUAAUUUCAGGAUGAUAUCACAACUCUCUCACACAUGAUCCAUGGAUGUGGAAAAUAAGUCCAUAUUUUCUAGCAGCACAUAUUUUACAAGGUAUAAAAAUGAUGAUAAUAUUUACAUGCAUUGCUAUUUUCCUGUAAAAAUAACCUUCAGGGUGGUGAGACUGCUCAGAUUAGAUGUGUGGAUCAACAGUAAAUGUAUGCGUGACAGUCACAGUUGAUAAAAAUAGAAAGUGAUUGGGGUCAUUUUUGACCCCACGUAUGGAAAAGUGGGGUACUGAUACAAAAAAUGCAAUAACUUAAAAAAAAAAACAGUUAGAUACAAAUCCAAAUGGCCCAAUGUCAAAGAGAACCUAUUUGAGGAAUACAUGGAAGACUAAAUGAUAAAAAUUAAAAAUUACAAACAUAUUGCAAAAAAAUGGCGCUAGGGUCAUUUUUGACCCCACUUAUGCAUCUAAGGGUUAAACGCACUCCACGCCUUCUCUCCUCCCUCUUUACGACUUACGCUGCUGGGAGGAGCUGAGUAAGGGAGGGGUGAUACUUACGCCGGGCUGUGCCGCUCACCAAAAUACCAAAAUGUGCUUGGCCACGCCUUGUUGGCGCGGCGGACCUAACUUACGCCGCACCUGCACUGCAACACCUGCACCGCACCGCCGGCGAGGCACGAAAAUAGAGCCCAAAGUCUGACAUUGUGCACUCUUUUUACUCAGACACAGAUGUCCUCUUUGGUGAUCCCUGGCUGAAUUGUGGGGAUGAACAUAGCAACAACAGUAAGCAUUUCGUCCUUUUGGUUUGUGAAAAAAUACAGCAGUACAUAAAGCAAUGCAGCAAAAAUCCUAUCUGUAUUUCCUUUUUUCUUUUUCUUUUUUUGUCAGGUAAAAAAUGCAUUAUGGGUAAUAAAAGUUUUGUCACUUCAACUAUUGUGCCCAGCCUAGUUUAAAUCAAAAGAAGGGUGAUUAAUCUAAUCCUUGAAGUACGAUCAAUCAAAACAGCUCAAGGAAUUAAAACCAGUGCCAACAGAACACAAUGGUUAUGAAACAUCUGCUCCAAGUAAAUAAAGAGUUAGUUGCCCUUUUUUUUUUCAGCCAAACACUUCCUUUUUCAGAUGAUCAAGAUAGAAAAACAUGCCUCAGCGACAGGAUUUUCACUUCACUACUUCAGUUCAUGAGAAAAACAAAAACAUUUCUUAGAAGCUACAUUUGCUGGUUGCUCCACUGACUGUUUCGUUUCCUCGUUUGGGCACUUUAGAUGAAGCUGGUAAUCCAACAAAGCCGCCCAGCCAAGAUGAACCCCAGCAGAAACAGAAGGACAAAGUUACAGAACAAACAAAUAACAGGAGAAGAAGACUGAGAGGUACAUAAACAUUCUGCAAGUCUAAACUGAUUCCAUUGCAGCAGGUUUAAUUUUUUCUUGGCAUUUCCGGUUUUUCAAGUCCCCAGAUCACAACGAUGCACUGAUGAAAACACACCACCCAGGCCAAAAAGACAAAGAGCAGCAGGUAACCAACUGAGAUGAUUGUUCUGGAUUUUGUUUCCAUCACUGGGUUUGAAAACUCAUCUAGCAGGAAUAUGGCUUUAAACUCUAUUACAGUGUGAAAGUUAAACUUUCGCUGCAUGAAAUAUUGCUAUAUUACUAUGCUGUUACGUUCUUGAGAUUACAUAAUACCAAAAUGACAUACAUGAGCUACAGGUUUUACACAGUAUCCAUUUUUCGCAAUGCCCCUAAGCCACUAAGAUUUCAUUGCAAACAUUGUACCCAGGCCUCUAUCCAAUCAUGCAUUAAAAUUUGCGUGCUGUGUUGAACCCAAGCAGCAAACUCCUGUCUUAAAAAAUGGAGCUGAUGUAGAAAUGCUAAAAACUACAGUUCCUCCAGCACCCGCUUGAGGCUGCAGAAGCUCCAGAAACCACAAAUACACUUCAACAAAAAGGCUGUUUUUGGAGUGAAAAUAAAAGUGUUUGCAGCUUGGUUAAAAAUGCAGUUCUGGUCUGAGUAGCUCAGGGCUCUACUGGCACCCACAGUAUGGGGAGGUCUUUUUUUUUUUUUUUCUUUUUUUUUUGUAGUGUGUUAGUUUCAAAGCUAUCAAAGUUACAAGAUUGGCUUGCUUGACUGGCAGACAGGUACACCAAGAAGGCUAUAAGGCCCACCCUGGUAGGUUACCCAAAAGUUAGGAUGAGUCAGCAUUUAAAUAUAUGGUGAGUGCUGCUGAUAAGCUUCAAAACUCAGCUUCACCAACAAAUGGGUGAUGUUGAUGAUACGUCCAGUAAUUAUACAGUCUAUGGUUUAAUCUUUCAGUUACAGCAAACUUGGGGUUUUACAAUGUGUUUAUUUUUCUGUAAGUUCAUAUUGUAACUGAAAUUAAUCAUGAUCAUUGUAAAGCCGAAGUUAAAUGUUCAUAGGAAAUAUGUAUGAGGUUUUCCCCCCAGGAUUUCCUACUAAAUACCUUUUGACCCUGCAACAAUAAUAUCCAACAGAAAAGGAAUUGUGCAAAAUAUUUUACAGUCUGUUAUAUUAGUUUGAAAGGAUGUCCCAUCCAAGUUGGCUACAAUCUACUGUAGACUCAAUAAGGCUAUCAGCUGUAAACCCUAUUGUCAAAUCAAAUCAUUCUUUAUUUCAAUUGAAUUGUAGCAAACCAAGUUGAACUGAAAGUUGAACCUUUUUAUGUACUUAUGAUAAAUACUAAAACUUGAGCUCAGAGGAAGAAUCUUAGUGGAUGUCUGUCAAAGUGUAAGACUCUAUCAAGUGUCUCUGAUUAGGAAUACACUUUAUAACCCAGGUAUUUGGGCUUUGGGGAUUUGCCAUUAUUGAAUACCAAUCUGAUAUCAGUGUUAUGUCUCUCUGUGUCUGUCAGAAGAUCUUUUUUUGUGUGUAACCCAACAUUGGGCAAACUGACAGUAAAAAAAGCCAUAAUGGUUUUUUGACUCUUAGAGGAUGAUCAAAAACCAAAGAGGCACUGGCUGAGCCAACUGUAACACAAAGUAGAUCUCUAUUUUCCAGCUGUAAAAUUCUGAGAUUUCACACAUGGAUAACGUAGUUUACGUCAAUCUUAAACGGGAAGAUACUAAAAAAAAAAUCUCUUUUGUAAUUAAUAACCAUACAUGUUUCAACAUGGAUCUAAAUCUGAUUCCAAAUCAUAAAACUUUUGUUUGACAUCAUGCUAAGUAAGACUAAAAAAGUUUACUUUGUACAGGCUAAUUUUUUUACCACUUGAAAGAUAGGCUAACUUCAUGACUUUUCUCUGGCACAUUAUGCUUAUGGCAUAAAUAGAUGCUGGUUUCUACAUUGUCUCAGCUCACCAUGACACUUGAAAACAGAGCUUAAAACAGGAAGUUUGGUGUUGUUGGAUGGAGACUCAGAUUGAUAAAACGAAAGAAGAACUCUCACCUAUAACCAACUUCCUCACAUCAGUUUGCUGCUUUUAGAAAUUCUCAGUUUGAUAACAGUUUCAACCAGAGAAUGUGUUAGAACGUGUUUUUAGGACGUAAUUCUUAGUUAAAACAUUAAAUCUGACUUGAGAGGCUCCUUUGAUUAUUUAAUUGGUAACAAAAUCAGUAGCUUCCUUCCCUUCCUGUUCAAUAUCUCAUUUUGAUAACUCCAAGGUAAUCAUAUGUUGUUGAAUGAUUAGGGAUUUGUCACUACGUUCUUUCUAGAGGCUGAUUCAGGAUCAGAGCCAAGUUCUGCAGAAACAGCCAGCCUCUCUACCAUACCACCAAGAGUCCUUCACCUCCACCCCUCCAUUCAGUUCAUCACAAUCCCAGAGGCUCCAGGGUAUCAUGUGGUUCAGACUCUGAAUCUGCCGCCACCAGUUUUAGGACUCCCUCUCUCCAGCGCAGCUGCUACACCUACCUAUAUACUUGGUGAGUGAAGUAAACACACUCAAUGAACCGCCAGUUGUUUCAGACUCCAUUAUUGUACUUUGACCCAAUUAAACAUAUAGUACUACUGGAUGGAGUGGGAUUACUUAAGUGUUACAUCUAGAGUACCCCAGGGUUCUGUCCCCGGACCCAUUUUGUUUAAAUGAUUUGAACAUUGUCUCAUAAGGCUAAUUCCAAUAAUUGUAUAUGAGGAUGGUGUCACAUGCAUCAGUUCACUUCUCUCAUAGUUAUCACAUCGUACAUAGCUGGUAUGUGCUUCCUUUUUGAGCUUGAAUCUUAAAUUUAUGCUGAUUUGUUUCCUCUAAAUUUUGUUUGCAAUUUCAAAAUUAGGUCGUUUGUAUAUUAACUUGCUGUGCUUUGCUCUCUUGUAUACAGCUCUGGAAAAAUAAGAAACCAUAGUAAAAUAAUCAGUUUCUCUGAUUUCUCUAUUUAUGGGCAUAUGGUGGAGUAAAAUAAACAUUUUUGUUUAAUUCUAUAAAAUACUGACAACAUAAAUCCAAAAUUCCAAAUGAAAAUAUUGUCAUUCAGAAAAUUUAUUUGCAAAAAAAUGAAAAACAGUUAAAAUACCCAAAAGAGACCAGUGUGUUUAGACCUCAAAUACUGCGGAAAAUGAGAGAUCACUUUCAUUUUUAAACAACACAUUGCAAAUAUUUUGACUCAGGAAGUGUUCAGAAGUCAAUAAUUUUUGGAAUAACCUGAUUUAAAACCACAGCUGUCAUGCAUCUUGGCAUGCUCUCUACCAUUCUUUCACAUCGCUGUUGGUGUUGGGUGACUUAUUGCCAUUCCUGGUGCAAGAAUUCAAGCACCUCAGCUUUGUUUGAUGGCUUGUGACCAUCAAACUUCCUUCUGAUCACCAACCACAGGUUUUCAAUGGGGUUCAGGUCUGGAGACUGGGCUGUCCAUGACAAGGUCUUAAUCUGGUGGUGCUUCAUCCAGUCCUUUAUCCAUCUAGCUGUGUGGCAUGAAGUACUGUCCUGCUGGAAAAACCAACACUUAGAGUUUGGAAACAUGGUCAGAGCAGAGGGCAGGAAGUUUUCCUCCAGGAUAACCUUGCAUGGCUUGAUCCAUGCACAACUCUGCCCAAUUCCAGCCUUGCUGAAGCAUCCCCAUAUCAUCACUGAUCCUUCACCAAAUUUCACUGUGAAUGCAAGACAUUGUGGCUUAUAAGGCUCUAUGGGUCUCUGUCUAACCAUGAGACAACUAGGUGUUAGACAAAGCUGGAAAUGAGAAAUUUUAAGAAUUGAAGCCCCUGACGCUCACUGUAUCCCUCUGCCAGUAAAGUCAGAGUUCAACCCUCAGUUUCCUCACAUAAAAUUUUCAUUUCUUUUGGCAUGGUCAAUAGUUUUUUUUAUUUAUUUAUUUUUUUGUUGUUCCAGUUACUUUGGAUGUAUAAGUAGUACUGUUCCAGUAGGUCCUAUUGCAACAGGAUAGUGAUGACCACAGAAAUGGUUUAUAUUUCCUCCUUAAUUAAGAUUUGGUUCCGGUGAUCACCUUAUCAGUACCCUAUUAGGUAGAAAAAGGUGUGCUUGUGUUGAAUUUCAACAGACACUGGAAUAAAUUGACUGUCAUAUUUAAAGAGAUGCUGAUUUCUGAAAAAAUUACAGUGGUCCCUCCAAUUUUCCAGAGCUGUAUGUGUUCUUAUUGCACUUCCUCUGCAUGUUUAAAAAGCAUCCAACCCAUGUGUUCAUUUAGUUCCUGCUACAUCACCACCAUGCAAACACCAGCUGCCACCCCUCUCGCCAGGUGAGCUUUGUUAUGUUCUUUGAUGUUGUGUCCUUUUUGGUUCAAGUCUUACAAUUUGCUCUGCCUUUUAAGCAAAAUAAAAAAAAAAUCAGCAAUGCUCAAAAACUGCUAAAUAUGAAAAAACAGGCUUUUAGAUUGUCCUCUCUUGAAAUAUUAGUUGGUGGUUCAAUUGCUCCCGUCCAAAUGAGUUCAUCCCCGCCAGGAUCUCUGUCGGACACCGCAAGCAAGGCUAUGUCCACCCCGAUUGCUUACCCCCUCUCCCCCAGCAGUGGUGAGAAUCAGUAUUAAUCAAUUUUCUAGCUCAUUUUGCUUGUAGAGUUAAUGCCAUGUAACUAUUAUCAUGACUAUGCAUUUAGAGUUGUCUGCCUACAAGGAACCAGCUCUACCAAACUCACCUACUGUCCCUGAUAUCCCAGGCAAGUUUCCACCCCUCUGUCAUAAACUGUUUCAAUAAAGUUCAUUUCGUGUCAAAGGAAUUCAUUUUGAAGUUGUUUUUUGAUCUCAGGGGUUGUGAAGGACUACAUCCUGGAAGCAAAAGCUUGUGUGGGUCAAACCUGCCAGGAUAUGGUGGCAGGACUUAACCUGACCUCUCAUUAUGUGGAUGUAAAAGUGUGCCAGAGAGAGAUUGUUUGUUCUGGAAAAAAUACAAGCAAAUUCCUGGACAAAGAGAUGCUCACCAUGGGAAGCACAGAUCAUCAAAAACACAUGUUGAACGGGAGUCAGGUAAGAGUGUUACCAUUAGUGGUCAUGUGAUUCAUCUUUCAGUUGGCCAAGUAGGAUCUCAGAAAUUCCUAAAAUCACUGACUAAUCCCAUAUAUUUUCAUUUUCCACUCAGAUCUUCAAAGGCUUAAACGGAGACAAACCAAAACGCUACCUACUGCUACUUGGCAGUACUGGCAUGGGAAAAACCACAUUGAUCAAGAAACUGUGUCUUGACUGGUCCAGAGACUGCAUCCCCCAGUUUGACUUUCUCUUCUUGUUAGAUGGUAAAGCUGUUACUUCAAAGGACUCAGACCUCAGCCUUCAAACUCUUUUAUUAAACUACUCCUCGUUUCUCCCAUCCUGCAAGGACCCUGAAGAAGUGUAUGCACAAAUCCUUGCUGCCCCCAAGCAAGUGCUUAUCAUUUUUGACGGGUUUGACGAGGUGCGGGACUAUGAAACUCUGCUCCAGACUCAGGAAAAAGACUUGGUAACAUCACUGCAGAAAGAUAGCAAAGCACAGACGUACACAGUGAGACAGUUAUAUUCUUCCAUCCUUCAGAGGGUCCUCCUUCCAGGCUGCACUCUUCUGCUUUCAACCCGACCAAGAGGCACUGCUAACCAGCUACUCCGACGAACAGACAGCCUUUUGGAGAUGUGUGGCUUCAACCCUGUAGAUUUUGAAACAUACUUGUCCCAGUACUUCACUGAUCCCACUCGUAAGGACUCUGCAAUGGACAUCUUAAAAGACUGUAGCUAUCUGCACCUCCUCUGCUGGAACCCAGGACUAUGUCAGUUGGUCUGCUUUGUUUUGGAACAGACCAACAGUUUGGAGGAACUACCCAGAACUUUCACUGCACUCUGCCAUCGAGUUCUUCAUCUAAUAUUGGAAAAGGACAAAAAUAGCAAUUACUCACAGGCUGAAGUUCAAACACACAUAUCUGCACCACCUGUAGAAGAAACACAUACACAUAUUUCACCUUGUCCCCAACAAAAAAGUACUCGGACCAAGUUCAGAUCCAAAGGCUACAUUCGCUCUCGCGCCCAACGAGCAAGCAGAGCAAAAAGACACCAAAAGAGAGGUGAAGCGAAUGAUGAAGAGUUCAUCAGUGAUGGCAGGGAAGCAGAAAGAAGAAAGGAGAUGGAGUUGCUGACCCAGCUGAGUUCCUUGGCAUGGGAGGGGAUCAAAGCUAGCCCCUCAAUCCCCCUCACCGGACGAAACCUAUCGGCCAAACUUAAGGAUUUUGGCCUGAGGACUGGGCUCUUCCUCUCUCACCAUCUGAAGAGGAGGGUAGAGGUCUCACGUGAUGAAAUCAAGGAAAGAGAAGAAAGGGGAAAGGGAGAAAAGAACAGACAGACUGACUCUGAAAGUUCCGAUAAUGGUGAUGAUCUCAUCCUGUCAUGGGCAAACCCUUUCCUUCAGAGUUUCCUGGCAGCGGUUCAUCUGUCCUUGUCGAGGUAAUAGUAUUGUCUAAGUGGAUAAACUUGGAAAAUCUCUGUAUAAACACUUCCAAGCCUAGCUUCUCUUUCAGUUUGAUGCUUUAUCCUCUUGUUUUCCUUUGCUCUUGUUUCCCUUUUUUUCCUCAGGACUGUAUCAGACCGUGCUUUUCUACAGACCCUGCUCUUCCAAUCCAAUCCAAAGGGCCGUCGGCGACCUCAGAGAGAGGAGCUUGACCUCACUCAGCGACUCGCAGUUGGGCUCUUGUUCCACAACCACACAGAGCUGCAGAGACUGCAUUCAUACCCUGAGACAGCCUUCAGAAAUAUGGUGGAAAGAAAGCAGGCUUUGUUACAGAAACACCUUGACAGUCUUCCUCAGGUUGACCCAAGCCCUGUCCAGAUGCUGGAAGCAUGUCACUAUGUGUAUGAAGCACGUAAUGGUAGCAUUGACAGAGGGGACACAGCAUUAGUUGCUAACCUAACAGUGAUUCUUCCAGAAGUUCUUACAUUUCAAGGAGUUCCACUGAACCCGUCAGACGUGUUCAUCAUGCAGAAUGUUCUGGAAAGCGAUCAUUCUGAAGGACGAAGCUUCUGUUUGGGCCUAGAGGACUCUGGGAUACAGGUCUCUGGGCUACGGUCUCUAGUAGGGCUCAACAAUAUCAAGACAUACAGGUACAGAUUACAACCCACAACCCAACCCAAAUCCAAACACUUACAGCUGACAUGCGCUGUGUCAGGUUUUGUACUGAGCUGCCUGAAUGUAACAGUUUUUUAAUACCCAGCCAAGUAGCAUAGCAGCUAAAUGGUGUGUGAGGUGACCAGACGUCCCUGAUUUCCGGGGACAGUCCUUCCAUUCGAUGACCAGUCCCUGGCUAAAGCUGUCCCCGGAAAUGUCCCAAAUUUAAGUGUUUCAUGAAUAAGAACAAAAAUGUUGCAUGUAGACUAUAACAAGGGUUAUUACGGUUGCCGAGUAGGUAGGAAGCACUAGUAAGCAUGUUGCAUGCGGUCCUGAACAACAGUUUUUAUGGGGGGUUAUUACGGGGUGCGUGCGCUACUACUAAGUAGUACAGAGAUGUUGUCUGUGAUCACCCCCCACCCCCUGGAUGUUCCUGGAUAUCCCUGGUUUUCAUCACAUAAAUCUGGUCACCUUAUACAUGUGGCUUCCUUGGCUAAGGAGCAUAUUACUAUCUAAUCCCAGCAAGCAUUUGGAGGUGGGGCUCAAUUCAGGACAAGCAGCAUAUGAUAUGUCCUGAUUGUAAACUAAUCCAGGAUGAUAUCAGAAUUCAGGCUAACUUUGGCCUUGCAGGCUUGAUAGUGUUUCAAAGCACUGAAGUUGGUCUUAAACCAAAAAAACAUCACUGUUAAUAUCAAAAGGAUUUCAUGAUCCCAGUUUUUCAAUUCAAAAAGGGGGGUUUAAUGUUACCUAUAUCUCUAUAUGGGCAACAACCAAAUAUUAAAAUUGUAUUCAACCCAAAAGUUGAUUUGCAAUUAACAAGUCAACAAAAAGUUCCUAAACUUCAACAAUACAGUGUUUGCCUGUCAUAUUGAUAACAAGCACAUCACCAAAAUCUUUCCAAAUAUCUGUUGUUACCAGAGUUACCGACUUGGUAACUCACUCUUUGAAUUUGUCCAACACCUCAUUAAUGCAGCACAACAUGCAUAGGGUUAGCUUAUUUCAAUGUCAACCUCUGAAUGUCUUCUAGAGCAUGCAUUGCUGAUGUCAUCACCUUAUGGGAGCAGUUAGCACAGAGCGGAGAAGAAGAGCUUCUACAAGGGGCAGUUUCUAGAUUCAAGAUCCACCCUUUGAAAGCCACUCAGGUGUGUCACAUAGAGCACCUGGCCAAGCUGGUGGACAUACACCGACAGAAGAGGCUGCCAGACAGGUAAUAUGCCUCAUACACACAGGAACAUACACAGAUAUGCCAAGUUACACUUUGUAAAAUGUGAAGUGCAUUUUCUAGCUGCUAAAGAGUGUGUUUAAUUGCAGUUCCAGUCCAUCAGUUUCAGUCUUGGCGGAUGGCGUUCCAGCCGUAAAAGAGUUACACAAGCUGGAGUUUGAGUGAGUAGCUCUGGCAGCCAUCAUUCUCAUUCAAAGUAUUGAUGAGGAUCAUGGUGAUGACAUUGUCUUUUCUUUUAGACUGGGCCCAGAAAAUAGUCCUCUGGCUCUUCCCAAGCUGUGGGAGCUCCUGCCUGGUCUACAGAACCUACAACACUUAGAGUAAAUACACACAUCAUUGUCUGUAGUUCCUUUAGUGCAUCAAUAACUUGUGGUUUUUAAUUUGAUUAUUGUGUCUGACACAAUGUCUCUCCCUGUCAUACCUCAGUCUGGAGAACAGAAAACUAAAGGAUGAAGGAGCAAAGAGACUGGCUGAUGCUUUAGUCUCUCUCAGUUACCUGGAGAUACUAAAGUAAGUACACCCCCUACCUACUCUAAGCCUUGAAUGAUCAUGAAAAUACAAAGUCAAUAACCUAUUUGAGCUCAGAGUCUAAAAUGAUCAGCAUCAGGUGGUUUCGAGAAGUUUCUACCAGCUACUGUCAUAGUUCAGUGGCAUGGUUCAAAUCCAGAAUCCAGGAUCAAGUGCAUCAACUAUUUUUUUCUGAAACUACACUAUAUAUAGAUGUCCACCAAUAAGUCUAGUUCUGCUUGAGGUUUCUGCCUGUUUAAAGACAGUUUUCCCUCGCCACUGUUCCAGCUGCUUGCUCAAUGUUGGGCCACUGUAAAUGGUAUCAGAAAAAGCAUGGAAUUGGGCUGCCCUGUAUGUGACAAAAAAAGGCAAAAUGUUUGCACACACAACCAAAAUGAAUUACAUCAUUAGUUUUUUGGGACAGAGUCAGUAGCUGUCAAUCAAAGGAUUGGGUCCUGCUCAAACUCUCUGCCUAUAGAAGAAAACAUCUUCUGAGCCUGUUGAAUAGAGAUAUUUUUAUGCAUACCACGGAGUUGGGAAGUUUUAAUGCUAACUGGCUUUCAAUUAACCUGCAUGAAGACAUCUGUUAAGAGAGGAAUUCAUCAUCAUCAGACCACAGCAUUCCUGUUUAGAUUGGUCAAUAUUACUCAAUCUGAGUAAAUUUGCAACUUGAUAGAUAAAACUGGUUGCUCUUACUUUUUGUGCUCCAGUGUGUCACAGAAUUGUAUUGGAGACCAGGGGGUAAGGAGACUGGCAACAACCCUGAGAGACCUGCCCAAACUGCACUCUUUAAGGUAUGUAAUGGAAACAUACUUUCACACAGAGACAUAAAUAUCUACACUACAACACCCAAAACAACCCUUUAAAACCACUUGAUUUCACUUCCCUCUUUCUCCCUCUGUUGUUUUUUCCCCAGCCUCUACAGUAAUGUGAUCUCAGAUGAAGGGGCAAAGAGUUUAGCAUCAGUCCUCCCGCACAUGGCUUCACUGACAGAGUUAGAGUAAGACCAAAUAAUUCCCAUUUGAAUUAGACAUAUAUCUUUGAAUGCAUUUGUUGGAUCACUUUUUGAUUGUGGACUCCUUUUAGAAAUAGUACAAGAUUCGUAAGCCUUGUAUGUAAAUUGGAGUAUUGAUUUGGUAUGGAUUUGCAGCAGUUGAGACAGUGACACAUUCUGAGGGGGCGUUUAAAGUGUGACCUGUUUGUGUGACAGUGUGAAGUACAACAAGCUCACAGAUGUUGGAGCACAAAGCCUGGCAGCGAGUCUGAGAAACUGUCAAAAAAUGAAGGCUUUAAGGUAAGAGAACCUAAUCUGCAUCAGGGGUUUGUCAAAAUCUCUCAGUCUUUGCCUUAAUAACUAUUUUGUUUUCUCACCUUGCUUCUUCUUGUCCUCUCAGGAUGUGGAACCAGUGUAUUCCUUAUGGAGUUUUUGAGCGACUCCAGCAGCAGGACAGCAGAAUUGAAUGGCAUUAGAACUAUGUGAACAUUUUGCUAUGUACAUCUGUCUUACAGUCAUGUUUACACUACAUAAUAUUCAAGUCUGGAACAAAUAGAGGGCAUGAGGAAGAAACAGAACAAAUAUGGACACUGCUUUGCUGCUUUAGUCAGUCUCACUAGGUUGUGCCUGCAGUGCUUAGGCAGCUGAUGGAUAUGUGUAGAUAUGUUUAUAACUCUAUAGUAAUGGCUGAAAAGUUGUCAAAAGCAACUUUUGUACUGUGGGAUUGUCUACUUUUCAUGUCAUUUUGUGCUUUCUCUUUACUUCUGUCUCAACACUGAUUCUCCAUUUACUGUAUUAUACUCUAUGUCUGUGUGAAACACUGUUUUUGUUUGCACCUUUUUGUACCGCUCAACAAAGCUGGCACUUUAAUAAAAUGAAAAGGUUUAAUUUUCUAUUAAAAUCCA